GUUCAACAAUAGCAGAACUUCUUCGUUUGAUGAAUAACAAAAAAAUAAAAAAUAAAAUAUAAAGUGUACACAUAAGAGAAAAGAUCCAUUAUAUCCAGAGUCAUAACAUGUGCUUUGUGGUUGAGAUAUUAAUUUCCGAAUAACCUGAAAGAAACCAAGUAAUAUUGAGCAUACACAACAAAACUAAUAAUCAUGACCUAAUUCAGUGCUAUGCAAUGAACCUAACCUUUGUAGUCUGUAUGCUAUUUAACAUGGAUGGUCAUCAAGUCUCUCAACAAAUGGUAAUGGAAGUUGGAGACACUUUCAAGAGAAUUCUAGCAGAGACAGUUAAAGUGAGGGAAGAGCAUCCUGAUGACAUGUCUAUUCUCCAAGCAAUUUCAAUUGUGUUAAAUAGACAUCCGGAACUAAGGCAACAAGGACUAGCUCAUGAAGUGCUGCAAUGGUAUAUAUGCAGAAUGGAAGCUUGGUUUGCUACUGAUGCAGAUAUGAUAUCACUGAAAACCUGGGAUCAGGAGCAUGUCCUCACUGGUGGCCAUGGACUCGUGGUGCAAGGAUAUGAUCCUGUUGUAAAAGCUCUUGCAACUGAUCUCGAUAUACGCUUAAACCACAGGGUGACCAAAAUAUCCAAUGGUUACAACAUGGUGAUGGUCACAGUUGAGGGUGGCAGAAACUUUGUUGCUGAUGCUGUUAUUCUAACUGUUCCUAUUGGAAUCCUUAAGGCCAAUUCAAUUGAAUUUACACCAAAAUUGCCUGAAUGGAAGACUGCAGCAAUUAAAGAUAUUGGUGUGGGAAAUGAAAACAAAAUUGCCCUGAGAUUUGAUAGAGUAUUUUGGCCUAAUGUAGAAGUUCUGGGCAUGGUGUCACCCACCUCGUAUGCCUGUGGUUAUUUUCUCAAUCUCCACAAAGCAACAGGUCAUCCAAUUCUUGUGUAUAUGGCUGCUGGAAGGUUUGCUCAUGACCUUGAAAAGCUAUCUGAUGAAUCAGCUGCAAAUUUUGUAAUGCAAAAGCUCAAGAACAUGUUUCCUCAUGCAUCUAAGCCUGUUCAAUAUUUUGUGUCACAUUGGGGAACAGAUCCAAACUCUCUUGGCUGUUAUGCAUGUGAUUUAGUAGGGAAGCCAGAUGAUGUGUAUGAGAGGCUUCGUGCACCAUUGGGUAAUCUAUUCUUUGGUGGAGAAGCUGUCAGCAUGGAUGACCACCAGGGAUCUGUGCAUGGAGCUUACUCUGCUGGGGUCAUGGCUGCUGAAAAUUGUCAGAGACAUCUUCUGCAGAAACAAGGCCAUAGAGAAAAUCUCCCUCUGGUUUCUGCUGUUAGGCAUGAAAUGUUUGAAACUACUAUACCUCUUCAAAUCUCUAGAAUGUGAUUUCUGUACUUUCCUGUUCUUGAAAAUCAGAACAAUGUUCAGCAGAAUGAGUUCCUGAUUAGAGUAAUUGCACAUUGUACUUAAACUUAAACAAUGGCAAAAUAUUAUCAAAGCUAACUUUUAUUCAUAGAGAAAUUCA